GAACGAAAGAAUACAACUCGACGUUUCGAUAUUUGUCGUUAUCUAAUUAACAUUAAUAUUGUAGUUAAAAAUAAUUACUUGUUUACAUCGCAAGAGAUAUUUAAGUAAGUUACUGUUUUUUGUAUUUCUUAUGCGUUUGUUUGAAAAAGUUAUGUAACGGAAAUAAACAUUUUUAGUCACAGUGUUAAUAACAUUAACAUUUACGCGAUGGUGUUCUUUGCUUUUUGUGUUUAAUAAUUAAGUGUCUACAUAACUCUAGUGCUUCUAGAACGUAUGUAUAUAAAAUAAAAUGGAUGGUUCUAACACUCAAAAACCUUGUCUGUGUAAAUUGGAUGAAGAUGACUGUGUUUCUUUAAUUGAUAUAAUAAAAUCAUUUAAUACCCCGGUUAGUGAGGAACAUGCAUGGGCUUUAUGUUAUCAAUGUACUAAAUGCUUUAAGUAUGCAUUUGAACAUGAACCUAGUAAAUGUCGGGUAGUAAGAAAUUUAAAUGAAGUUCGUAUACAUAAAGAUGGAUACAUACAUCCUUGUACUAUCAUUGGAAAUUCUGAAACAGCUGCAAGUUUUGAAAAUAUAGAAAAACAUGGCAAUGCAAAUGAUGAAAAAACUGUUCUGAAGAAACAUAUAAUAGCUAGUUUGGGAUACAUAGUUUUUCAAGUUUUAGACUUUGGUAUUGAUGAGGAUGAAGAAAGAUCAUUGAAUCCUGAAUUAGAAUCUCUUAUAAAACGAAUGGUUGCUUCUUUUGAAUAUAGCUGUGAUGCUCAAUCUAUUGACCAAGGCCAAUCUGGAGAAACUGAUGAUGAAGGAAUUGAAAGAGAUUCAGCUGAAUGUGAAGAAACCUUACAAAAUAAUCUCACCACGUUUGAUGAUGUAUUAGAAGAAUGUAGCAAACAUAUUGGAAUAUCAGGGUUAGGUUCUGAAACACACUAUAAAGCAGUAUGUAGAGCUUUAGUAGCAGAAGCUUUAGAACUAUCUUCAUUUUUAAAUAAAUUAUCAGAUGGUUCAGUUUGUUUACGACAUAGAAAUUCAAGUUCAUCAGAAUUAAGUACAUUAGAUUAUAGUGAUUGGCUGUCUAGUCGCAGAAAAUGGAGUAUUAUGCAAGCGCGCUUAUGGAUACAAUUAAUUCGUGAACUCCGACGUGGUGUUCAACUAAAAAAAGUUGAUCGAAGACCUCAUGUAGGAGGUGAAUUUGUUGAAUAUGCUUUAACUCCAUAUGAAAUGUUAAUGGAUGAUAUAAGAUCUAGGAGAUAUACUUUAAAAAGAGUAACUCCACCUGAGAUUCCUGCAAGAAUUCAAAGAGAUGCUCAUGAUGCUAUUCUUGAAUUUAUUAGGUCUAGACCUCCCUUAAAAAGUGCAGCUGAGAGAAAAUUAGCUCCCAAGCGACAAGAUAAACUUUCACCCAGGGAACAUUUAUUAGAAUGUAUUAAAAGUGGAAAUGUUAAAUUACGUUCUACUUCAUUAACUAGAAAUUCACUACGAAACAUUAAAUCUACAAGAUCAACAUCAAGUCCUCCAAGUUCUUCCCGGCUGAAUAAAUCCAAAAUUCACUAUGAUGAUUUUUUAAAGAAAAAUCCAGAGGAAGAUGUAACAAUGAACAAUUCAAUUAAAAACAUGCUAGAUUCUAAUAAAGAACGCAAACUUAUCAAAGUUGAUUUUUCUGCAUUAGCUCGUUUAGUGAGUUCAGAUUCUGAAGAAGAAGAAGAUGAUCAAAAGAGUUCAACAAGUAGUCAAGAUAAUUUAACUUUUACAGCUAAAACAAGUAAAGAAAAAGAAGAAUUACUGGGUUCAUCACCUAAAAAUUUUCAUUCUUUAAGAAAACAACAUAGGAGACAUACAAUUGCAGAUCAGUCAUCAUUAUCAUUUAUGAAACCAAUGGGAGUAUGGAAACCAUUACGUAGACAGACAAUUUCUAAGCCAACAUUACCAAAUAGUGAUUGUUUAGCCUUAACAUUGCAAGAAUUGAUACAUAUAAGGAGUGUUUUAACAAAAGCAGAAAUUGAAAGUUUGCCCGUUGAAGGUCAUUUUAAAGAUGAUGUUGAAAACCGAAAAGUAUGUUUCCUGUGUAUGAAAACUAGGUUUGGUAUUUUCGGGCCAUGGGGGCAGGAAUGUAAAAUGUGUCAAAGAACGGUGUGUUCAAAAUGUUGUACUAAGAUGCGUAUGCCUACUGAUCACUUGUCACAAAUUCCUGUUGUUGCACUUAGUCCUAGUGUAGCUGCAUCAGAACACAAUCCAUGGUGGACAAAAAGUAUGAACAAUUGGGGAAGUGCUCCAACAAGUCCACAAAAAACUCUAGGAGUACCCACAAAGAAUACUAAUAUGUCUGCAAGUUAUCAUGGAUCAUCGGGUCAAAAUAAUAAUAACUCAAAACACAAUACUCAAAUGCCAGUUUGUAUUGAUUGUAAAACUAUGGUUUUACAAGAAAUUAAAACUACACGGGUAAACCGAUCUAAUUUAAUAAGAAAUUUAACACUAGAUGUUUCGUCCAUUUAUCAAUAAUGGCUUAUUUUAAUUUAAUUAUUCAAAUAUCAUAAAUUAAUCUCUGAGAUGUAAUCCAUGUAUUUGCUUUAACAAUAAAAAAUAGUUAAUGCAUAGUAUCAAUUUUAUUUUUCUGUAUACAAAGUAAGUGCUUUAUAAAUGUAACUAAUAAAUGAGUCACCAAUAAUAAAUUAUUUCCUAAAAACUAUGUAUUUUGAUUUGUUUAUUAUAAUGAUCAGUUUUAAAAUAUUAAAGCACAAUAAAUGCAUGUA